GGCGGCGAUGAGAGCGAAAGUUGCGCCCCGCUUGGCGCUGGGGGCUUGAAGCGGCUCCGCGCUCCGCCCGUCUGGGCCUCCCCUCCCGCUCCAAUUAGGGCCCGAGGGCUCCCGCCGGCGCGCGCCCGGCCCCGCGCCCACCCCGCGCCCCCUCCCCCGGCCCGGCGCUCCCUCCUCAGGAGCCUCGGGUCCCCGCCACUUUCGCCCGCCCGGGCCCCCGCCGAUGCCGGCCAUGGUGGAGAAGGGCCCCGAGGUCUCAGGGAAAAGGAGAGGGAGGAACAACGCGGCAGCCUCGGCCGCCGCUGCCGCCGCCUCCGCCUCCGCCGCCGCCUCCGCCUCCGCCUCGGCCGCCGCCGCCCCCAAUAAUGGCCAGAAUAAAACUUUGGCGGCGGCGGCGCCCAAUGGCAACAGCAGCAGCAACUCCUGGGAGGAGGGCAGCUCGGGCUCGUCGAGCGACGAGGAGCACGGUGGCGGCGGCAUGAGGGUCGGACCCCAGUACCAGGCGGUGGUACCCGACUUCGACCCCGCCAAACUAGCAAGACGCAGUCAAGAACGAGACAAUCUUGGCAUGUUGGUCUGGUCACCUAAUCAGAAUCUGUCAGAGGCAAAACUGGAUGAAUACAUUGCUAUUGCCAAAGAGAAGCACGGCUACAACAUGGAACAGGCUCUUGGGAUGCUCUUUUGGCAUAAACAUAACAUUGAAAAAUCACUGGCUGAUUUGCCCAACUUUACCCCCUUCCCAGAUGAGUGGACUGUGGAAGAUAAAGUCUUGUUUGAGCAAGCCUUUAGUUUUCAUGGAAAAACUUUUCAUAGAAUCCAACAAAUGCUUCCUGAUAAAUCUAUAGCAAGUCUGGUGAAAUUUUACUACUCUUGGAAGAAGACGAGAACUAAAACUAGUGUGAUGGAUCGCCAUGCUCGAAAACAAAAACGGGAACGGGAGGAGAGUGAGGAUGAACUGGAAGAAACGAAUGGAAAUAACCCCAUCGACAUUGAAGUUGAUCAAAACAAGGAAAGCAAAAAGGAGGUGCCCCCUACUGAGACAGUUCCUCAGGUCAAAAAAGAAAAACAUAGCUCACAAGCUAAAAAUAGAGCAAAACGGAAACCUCCAAAAGGAAUGUUUCUUUCUCAAGAAGACGUGGAAGCUGUUUCUGCCAAUGCCACUGCUGCUACCACGGUGCUGAGACAACUAGACAUGGAAUUGGUUUCAAUCAAACGACAGAUUCAGAAUAUUAAACAAACAAACAGUGCUCUCAAAGAAAAACUUGAUGGUGGAAUAGAACCAUAUCGACUUCCAGAGGUCAUUCAGAAAUGUAAUGCACGUUGGACCACAGAAGAGCAGCUUCUCGCUGUACAAGCCAUCAGGAAAUAUGGCCGAGAUUUUCAGGCAAUCUCAGAUGUGAUUGGAAACAAAUCAGUGGUACAAGUGAAAAACUUUUUUGUAAAUUAUCGACGCCGCUUCAACAUAGAUGAAGUUUUACAAGAAUGGGAGGCAGAACAUGGUAAAGAAGAGACCAAUGGGCCAAGUAACCAGAAACCUGUAAAGUCCCCGGAUAAUUCUCUUAAGAUGCCUGAAGAGGAAGACGAGGCUGCUUCUGUUCUUGACGUCAGAUAUGCAUCUGCCUCAUGAGAAACUCUGGCAGCUUUGAACACUUGGUGUGGACUGCUACGUUAUCCAGGAUAUCAGGUAUUACAAGACAUCAACUAGCCAUCUGCAUCACAUCCCUGUGGACAAGCAGCUAUUACCAAAAAGGCAUAUAUACACUUCCAGUCCUGUGCUACAUCUGCCUUAAUUCUUUGCUCGUUCCUCCAUGUUGGCGCCACUUCCCAGAGAGCUCCAUUGCAUCUCUCACACUCUGCCUAAGUGUUGGGGAAAUCUCAUUGCCUGCACACCUCCUGUGACUCUGGGACCCACCUCCCCAGUCGGAGCCCCGGAGCCCCAUCAACGGCAGCUCUUCCCAGUCAGCAGCUUCAGAACAGGUAGUCUGCUCGGAAGGCACGACUCUGUUCCUGCAUGGCCUGCAGUUUCUACUUUGUGCAUAAUGUAAUUUUCAGAGUGACUGUGAUUUUGGCCUUCUAGAAAGUUUCUUUUGCUCUUUUCCAAGACAACCACCUAAAUGAUAUCAUGCUUCAUUGGAAAUCACAAUAUAUUGGCAGACAGCAUUGUAACCUUUAUCGUGCCAAGCGUCCUGAUGCAACUCACAUUUCCCUAAACAUUGGGUAUAAUUACGGUUUAUAAGUUUAGUUGGCUUAAAUCUCUCCCUUCUCCCUUUCCAAGUGGUAAAAAGCUCCUUUACAGCAACUCUUUUUGGACACAGUAGUUUUUUUUGUUUGUUUGUUUGUUUCUGACCGGUAAGGGAGUCGUAACCCUCGGCACGGUGUCAUCCGCUCCAUGCUCAGCCAGUGAGUGCACCGGCCAUCCCUAUAUAGGAUCCGAACCCGCGGCCUCAGCGCUCCCAGCGCCGCACUCUCCCGAGUGAGCCACGGGGCCGGCCCUGGACACAGUAGUUUAAAGGGAAUGUGGACCUCAACGCUUUCUGCCUUCAACUUUCAACAUUGUAAUCCCAGGGUGGGUGCCACCCCAUCUUUUCCUGAUCCUCCCUACCACCAUAACCACCCAACUCCAAGAGAUUCGGUCCGUAUCACUGUACCUGGUGCUUGUACAUUUGGAAUUGGUGCCUUCUCCUUUUGGCAACCAUGUUAUCAAUCCUUUUUCUGUUUUAGUGUCUUAUUUCUUCUUUAAAGUUUAUUGCUUGCCAAAGAUGACAUCACUGAGAUUAGGAGACAGGGAGAGCUUGCUGCAGACAGAGUACAGAUUUUAAAUGUCAGGUUAGCUCAAUAAAGGAUAUUAGGAUAGCUGGUGAUGGUGUUAUAAAAGUCACACAUUGUUCCCCAUUCUCUUGGUAUGUCUGGCCUUUUAUGUGUCACUGCAUAUGUCCUUUUGUGUCCUUCAUGUAUUGAUGUGAUCACACAAACACCAUCCUUCUCUUUAAAUAUCAGAGUACAGGACAGAGAAGUGAUCAAUGCAUUGGUCUGGUGAGACCACGAUGAAAAGAAACAACCUACAAAGUGGUAUGUAAUACCUUUUGGUUGGACUGGGAACAAGUAAAAUUUUUCAAUAAAUGUUCUGAGACUUGUGGAAUCACUUUCAUUCUCUUACCAGACCACAGGCCUGCUGCUGAGGAGCAGACUGUCAAACUGCAUCAUACCCUGCCUGUUCCCAGCCCGGCCUCUCAGACUGCGCUAAGUGUGUUGGAGUAGCUGUUACUGUUGUUGUGGUUUGCAUCAUUUAAAUAUAUUUUUCUGCUUUCAAUACCAAAAAGAAAAAAAAAUGCAGAUGCUUUAAGGCAUAAACAGAAUUCUUAAGAAUUUAAAAUAUGCAAUUAAAAUUUGAUGUAUUUUGACUCCCAGGCACCUUGCUUUUAAAAAUUUUUUUUUUAAAUCAGUUGAUUUUCUCUUUAGAAAGAGAGUCAGCUAGAAACCUAGGUUUUUUUUGGAACUAUACAUUCUUUUUUAGAAGUCUGGAGAAAGGUCAUUCAAAGGGGGAGUACAGUGGGACUUUCCCGGCUUUCACCACCUUGUCCCUGUGCCAGGUUGGUCAAAUAAAAGCAUGUGGAAAACAGCAUUAGAGGAGGCACAGCCUGCUGUUCCUCCCUGGAGAUGGGGUAGCAAAACAACACUAGUAAUGAGGUAGGGCUUUCUUUUUGUUUUUAUCUCAUAAGCCUGCUGUGUAAUUGAAGGAUGGCAGGAAAAACAUGGGAAGGAGUUGGCCUAAGUUUUGCACAUCACUUUAAGGGGACACUAAGGCACGAAGUGAAGCUUUGGGUUCUCCUUACUUUCAAGACCUCUUUCUUGUUAACACAAGCAGUAGUCAAGUGCUGCAGUGGGUUUCUCCCUCUGCCAAUAGAUGUGUUUCUCUCUUCAGUCCCAGGCUAUUUUCCUUAAGAACUGAUCCCUCCUUGCAAUGCAUGGAAGCUUGAUGCUAAUUCUUGUGUAGUGUGCAAGCAGACCAGCAGUGCCGGGCAUUUAUCUGUAUUCUGCACUAUCCCCUUACGUGGUUCCUGGCACUGAGUGGCCUCCAGCCCAGAACAGUCACUGUGCUGGUUGGUAUACUUGUGAUCGCAGCAGCUGAAUUUUGGCUUUCUCUCUGAGAGAAAAGGGCAUGCCAUUUUCAUUUGACAGAGGGGAAAAAAAGUAGUUGUCUUUGCCUGUCUACCUUUGUCGUAGUUUCAUGCAUAAGAUAGCACUGUGUUUUAAACUUUUUUUCACUACACUGUCUUUGCAGUGGUAUAAAUGCAAGAAAUCACUUAGCUUUAAAAGCUAAGUGGUUUGGUCUUAUUUAUGUGAAGACUUCUUAACAUAUCAAGAUUUAGGUGCAUUGGCAGGUAGUGUUUGGGAUGUGAUAACUGCUUCAGAUGGAAUGUUCACUUAAGCUUUGUCUUCUUCGAAAUUAUCAAUGUGAAUGUCAUAAUUAUAUAUAUUUUUGUGGAAAAUUUCUCCUAAGUAUAAGUUAUUGUGCAAAAUAUAGUAUCAUUGACGCAAAUAAUAGUUUAACUUUUAGUUUAGAAAUCCUAAAAGAUAUAAAUUGUAUUGCAUAUGCAUUAAAAGUUUGUUUUAUUUAAUUUUAUGUAGAUGUGUAAAGUGUUAGGUAAAAUUUUUUUCACUUAUUCAUUUAAACACCUUGUUACUUGAAUAUUGUGUUGACUGGUCUGCAACAGUGAUCAAUUCUGUAAUAUAGCUCUUUUAACCAGGAAGUAACCAUGCCUCAGUUGUGCUGAUUAGCUUAGUGGUGGCACACAACCAGGUGCUGGUGUUGGCAGGAGCCAGAGGUUGGUGUAGCAUGCCUGCUAUGUCGUCUUGGUAUGUUUGUCAAGACACCACUUCCUCAAAAUGGUUUUUGAUAGUUUUUAGCCUAUAAGACCCUUUGAUGGUCACAAACCUCUAAUCAAAAAACAAAAAUGAAAAAGUGGUUGAGUUUUAAAAGCUUACCGUGGUGGACUAAUUAAGCAGUUGUUAAUUAAACAGACUAAUUAAGUCUGUUUAUAUAAAGUUCCCUCAAAUAUCAUACAUACACCACUAUAAGUGUGCUUGUUGUCACUUUAAAUUUCAACUAUACCCUAUUUUUGUCUUUCUAAAUAUCAGAUGUACUAUUGGUAUAAUUGCACACCAAAAAGAAGCCAAACAGUGCAUUACACUAACUGGACCCCUGCUUUUAUGUGAGCAAAGGAAAGAUGGAGCCAACUCAAACGAGAGCCUCCUUUUCUUUCUUGUCUAGCCUGUUUCUAAAUCUAGUGACCAGGAUUCAAGUUUACUAUCAAGUGAAACUUUGCCUCAAAUUGAUUCAAGGUAGUUAGGUAACCUGAGUCUAGUGAUCUUGUGCAAUGCUCUUUCUGCCACUCCCUGGAUCUCUACAGCUUUUCCUAAUUGUAGUAAAGCACAAUUGCAGUAAUGUUACAAUUCAGAAGAAGGAAGGUCAUUAUAGUCUAUGCAUGUUGUAUAAUAAUGAGUGUUUACAGUCACCUUCUCCUCAAACAACAAUUUAUACUGGAGUGGAUAGUAUUCCAUUAUGUAGACUUAUCAACUUUGCUAAGUGCUUUUUAGAUUGCUUAAAAUUUUUUCGAGAUUUUAAAAGAUGUAUAAGGUUAAGUUUGCAAAUAUAAUGGAAAUGCUGUAUAUCUUUUGAAGUGAUAAAAUCCAAGUUGGAAUUUUAAAGAAAAUAUGUUGUAAUAAUGCUGUUGUAAGUAAUAUUUUAAUGUCUUUCUUUGCCUGUUUUCUAUUUCAGCACAUUCAUUGUGAAUGUUCAUAGCAUUAUAAUUGCUUAGCCAUCGAAUGAUAACAUCUGUUAGUGGAAAUUGGAAAAUUUGUGAAAUUCUGCAGAAUUCAUUUUUCUAUUUCCAAUAU